ACACAACAAUAACGACAAGAAGAACAACACCUGAAGGCGCUUUGUAACACCCCAGCUUAGUUAGCUGUGAUGCGGACUCCAAUACCGGACGGUGACAUAAUUCAACUUGACCAAGAACAUCCUCGUCGCCUACAAGUCUAGUUGUUGAAGAUGUCUAACAGGCCUCAUCCUCUGCGUCAGUCAUACACCGCUGACUACACGACUGUCAAUUCCGUUAGUCGACAAUUAUCCACAGCCUCCUCAUCAGCAUCUUCUGGUUAUUCUAGCAACUCUUUGAAUUCGGAUCCUUACGACUUUGGCCCAUCCAGUGUAAACUCAUCGGUAACCUCAAUUGGGUAUGGCCCAACUACUACCACUUACGAGCAUAGGCGUGGUAAGAGUGAGGCCGCUAUUCGCCAGCCAUUGCCACGGGCUAGUACAUAUGAUGACACAAAACAAAAGCCGAAGCCAGAAACCAUGUACAACUUGGCCAGACAAUCAUUGCGCCCACUCCCACAGCCGCCUGCUUCAGCAUCACCAUUACCGCCAAAAAAUAUAACACCACCCCCAAAUCGUGACCGCCACGAGCGCGGGCAAAGUCUUGACAUAAGCAAACUCUCCUUGUCCAGUGGGAAAACUUCGCCUACUCCUCAAAUGAUAUCACCAACCUCAACCGCCCGGCCUACCUCGAUGGUGCUUACGCGAUCCGAUGCUAGACGCCCCAGUUUGCCAGGCACGUCAACACAUUCUUCUCACGCCAUGGCCCACCCCACUCUCGUUGCUCCUGACCUACAACAGUUGGGCCGCUCUUCCACCAAUCAGCUACGUACCUUAUCUAAGCUAGCACAGGAUAGUUCCGCCAAUGAAUUUGCCCUCACAUCCCAAGCCCAAGAGGUGGUCGGCCUACGUGGACGCCGAAGACUACAGCGAGCGGGCAAUGCGAAUGGCUCUAGAAAUGGGCGCGGCGACCGUUACGGCUUCGAAGGACGCAAUUGGAUGGACAAGCAGAGACAAUUUCUCCAAGCGUAUGAGUACCUGUGUCAUAUUGGUGAAGCAAAGGAGUGGAUUGAAGAUGUUAUCCAUCGCCAAAUUCCGGCCAUUGUCGAACUGGAAGAAGCGCUGAGAGAUGGUGUCACCCUAGCUGAGGUAGUAGAGGCUCUGAACCCGACCCGACGAUUCCGUAUCUUCCGCCACCAGCGACUUCAAGCAAGACACUGGGACAACGUCGCCACUUUCUUCCGAUACCUAGACGAAGUCGAGCUGCCUGAUCUAUUUCGAUUCGAGCUUAUUGAUCUCUACGAAAAGAAGAACAUCCCGAAAGUCAUCUACUGUAUACACGCCCUAAGUUGGCUCCUGUUUCGGAAGGGCAUUGUGGAUUUCAGGAUAGGCAACCUGGUGGGCCAACUUGAGUUCGAGCAUCAUGAGUUGGAGGCUAUGCAAAAGGGCCUGGACAAGCUCGGUAUUAAUAUGCCCAGCUUCGGAAACAUGGGUGCCGACUUUGGCGUGGAGCCUACGCCCGAACCGGAGGAGACCGAAGAAGAGCGUGUCGACCGCGAGUUGGCCGAGAACGAAGGUGCUAUCGUAGAGUUUCAAGGACAAGUGCGAGGUGCAUUACUUCGUCUUCGACUUGGUGAUAUUAUGCAGCAGCUAUGGGACUCGGAAGACUGGCUCAUAGAUCUUCAGUCGCGCAUCCGUGGAGACUGGACCCGUCAAGUCAUGGGCUACAGACUUGAAAUGCGGAAGUUCGCUGUCAACCUCCAGAGUGCCGUUCGUGGCUUCUUAGUUCGAAAUAGGAUGGCCGAUAGAGACCAGUUCUGGAAGAGCAAGGAGAAGGAUAUCACGAAGCUUCAAAGUCUAGUACGAGCCAUGAAAGUUCGUGACGAAGUGCGGGACACUCGAUCGCAAUUGUCACGCGCAGACGGUCCAAUUCGGAAUAUUCAGGCUGUAUUCCAAGGCUAUCUGGCGCGCAAGAAAAUGUCUGCUCAGCACCAGGAGACGAGCCAGAUGGCCGGUCCUGUUUUGAAGCUUCAGUCUGCGAUACGAGGGUUUUUAGCAAGAGAUAGAGUCAGCCGAGAUCUUUAUUUCCUUGAGGAAGAAACCGAGGCGAUCACUAGUAUACAGGCUGCUGCCAGAGCGAUGCUGGCUAGGGGCCAAAUCUAUGAGCAGCGUGAAGCACUCGCGAGCUUCGGCCCCAAAUGGGAAUCGAUUCAGGCAAUCUGCCGUGGCAAUAUGCUUCGACAGGAUAUCCGGGCAACGAAAACCGAACUUGCACAACACACUCCUGAAAUUGGCACGCUUCAAGCCCAUAUUCGUGCCGCAGCGGUACGCCGGGAUGUUACAGAAAAGUUGGAUGCCUUGAGUGAAAAUGAACUCUCAAUACUUGAACUUCAAUCGCUGGCCCGUGGCAUGCUCGAGCGACAACGGGUCACUGUUGAGCUCGACUCACUCGAAAGCAAUACACCGGAAAUCAUAGACCUCCAAGCUAGGAUCCGUGGUUCUCAGUUUAGGAUGCAACAUAGUUUGCUUCUUGAUGAGUUACAGUCGCACGAAGAGGAGAUCACUCAACUGCAAGCCCUCGCCCGCGCCAUGCUUCUCCGUAAUGACCUGGGUCUACUAUUAGGCGAACUAGACGAGUACGAAGAGGUCGUGGCUGAUCUACAAGCUUUUGCGAAAGGCUUCAUUGUUCGACAACAAUUCGCAGCCAAGAAGAAGCAUUUCGAAGAGAACAUGCAAAAAGUGGUCAAGAUUCAGAGCUUUGUUCGUGGAAAGCUCCAAGGCGAAGCAUACAAGAGCCUCACAACCGGGAAGAACCCUCCGGUAGGGGCUGUGAAGAAUUUCGUACAUUUACUCAACGACAGCGACUUUGACUUCAACGAAGAGAUCGAAUUCGAGAGAUUACGGAAGACUGUGGUCCAGCAAGUCCGACAAAAUGAAAUGCUUGAGCAGUACAUCGACCAACUAGACAUCAAGAUUGCCCUGCUAGUGAAGAACAAGAUCACACUCGACGAAGUUGUCCGACAUCAGAACACCUUCGGUGGACACACCAGUAACCUCCUCGCCAAUGCCUCUAUUUCUUCCACCAACCAGUUUGACUUGAAGGCCUUGAACAAGAGCUCAAGGAAGAAACUAGAGUCAUACCAGCAACUAUUCUUCAAUCUCCAAACUCAGCCACAAUAUCUAGCGCGACUUUUCAGACGAAUCCGUGAACUAGGCACCGCCGAGAAGGAAUGCAAGCGCAUCGAACUUCUCACGAUGGGCCUGUUUGGAUACGCACAGAAGCGAAGAGAGGAAUACUAUCUACUAAAGCUUAUCACAAGAUCGAUCCGAGAAGAAAUAGAAGCUUGCAACUCGAUCCAAGAUUACCUUCGUGGUAACUAUUUCUGGUUGAAGAUAGUAAAUCAUUACACUCGAUCCCCACGAGACCGGAAAUAUCUCAGGGACCUCCUUGGCCCAUUAAUACGAGACAACAUCAUCGAGGAUCCUGCUCUGGACUUGGAGAGUGAUCCAAUGCAAAUAUACAGAUCUGCUAUCAACAACGAGGAACUCCGCACCGGACGACCGAGUCGGCGACCACUAGAGAUCACCCGCGACCUUGCAAUCAAGGAUCCGGAGACACGCGAACUAUUCAUCGACCACCUUCGGGACCUCAGGGAGAUCUCGGACCAGUUUUUCCUUGCUUUGGAGGAGCUGCUACCCCGAAUGCCCUAUGGUUUGCGGUUUAUCUGCCAACAGUCCUAUGAAGUACUCUGCCAGCGAUUCCCACGCGAGCCUCAACACCUUGUACUACAAGUUGUUGUCAAUUGGCUUUGGCGUUUCUACCUCCAACCGGCAUUAGUCAACCCUGAGCAGGUGGGCGUGAUUGAGAAGACUCUGGGCCCUCUCCAGAAGCGCAACCUAAACGAGGUUGCCAAAGUGCUCAGCCAAAUUGCGUCAGGCCGUCCAUUCGGUGGCGACAAUAUCUAUCUUCAGCCCCUUAAUGCUUUCGUGGGAGAGUCAAUGGAGCGACUUGCCCAGAUUACCAAUGACCUUAUUUCUGUCCCGGAUGCUGAAAGCACAUUCGACAUUGACGAAUUCAAUGAUCUAUAUGCCAAGAAUAGGCCGACCCUAUAUAUCAAAAUGACUGACGUCUUUGCUAUUCAUUCCCUCGUUGCACACGAGAUUCCAACCAUUUGCCCCAACCGCGACGAUGUGCUCCGCGAGAUCUUACAAGAUCUAGGAAGUGCGAAGAACAACGAGAAUGAGAUGAAUGCAGCUGGUUCGUCGGAUAUACAGAUGUUUCUCACUCCGAAGCUCCACGACAUCGAUGACCCAGAGGCGGACGUCAAAGCUCUAUUCAUGGAGACCAAGCGUUGCAUCUUGUACAUUAUUCGUGUACAGACGGGCUCUAAUCUCCUAGAGAUUCUCGUCCGCCCGCCCACCCAGGAAGACGAGAAUAAGUGGCAAGCACUUUUACAUGAUGACUUUUCAUCCGGUAGCAAGACCAAGGGCGCUUACUCGGACGUGAAUAUGAUGGAUGUAACACGACUUUCAUACUACGACAUGAAACGCAACGCUCUAGAGAAUAUCAUGCACCUAGAGCAGAUGGGACGUAUAACGAAGCACAAUUACUACCAAGACAUUUUGAAUGCCAUUGCGCUCGACAUCCGUACGAAGAGUCGCCGCAGGAUACAACGCCAGCGAGAGCUGGAAGGAGUACGCCUGACUCUAGGAAAUCUGCACGAGAAGGCCAAAUACCUAGAACAGCAACGAAAGAGCUAUGACGACUAUAUUGAGCAGGCCAUGGCCACGUUGCAGAAAAGCAAAGGAAAAAAGCGAUUCCUCCUCCCCUUCACGAAGCAAUACAACCACCAAAGGGAGCUCGAGCGCUCCGGCCGGGUUCCCAAGUUCGGCUCCUACAAGUAUAGCGUGCGUGCGCUGGCUGAGAAGGGGGUGGUUGUGUCAUGGCAAGGUGUAUCAGAACGCGAUUGGAGCAAUAUCAACCUCACCAUCUCUUGUGACGAGGUAGGCGUAUUCAACGUCGAGGGCAGCCGCGGCCAUAUCCAAAUCCCGGGCGCGAGUGCCCUCAUACCGAUCGAGGAUCUUUUGCAGGCGCAAUUCGAGUCGCAUCAGUUCAUGAAUGUUUUUGAGGGCAAUUUGAGGCUCAACGUCAAUCUCCUGCUGCAUCUGUUGUACAAGAAGUUCUAUCGUACGCAGUAAGUCCCCAAUACCUACCUUCCCGAUAGAGCUGGUGCUCUACGGAGAGAUGGAAGGGCAGACGAACACGCACAGACCUUAUCAUUACCAUAUGACGAUUAUUCGAAACGGAGAAGACGAAGAUAUAAUGGAGUGAACGGGAUUAGGACGUAUGGUUCACGAUCAAAG